CUUUCGCAAGAGCUAGACGGGCAGGAAAAAGUGAGCCGCAGAAGAAGAACUCCCUCAGUUUGUUGACAUCAGCAGAAGGUGACAGAACACAGGCUGUCCUGACAGUAUGGCUCAAACUUUCUGUCUGUGAUCUAUAACAUCAGCGGUUUGGGAGCCAUGGGCGCAUUCGCUGGUCUUUCUGUGCUGUGCUUGUUGUGGCUUUGCCCGCUGGCGUCCAGCGAACAGGUGGCAUUUGUAGAGGCGUUUCUGGAAGAUCAUCAGCAUGUUUUACAGGGUGAGGUGGUCCAGGGGAGUCUGGAGAACGACCCUGUGGAAAACCACAGCAAAAAGAAACAUGAUCUCACAGGAGACCUCAUAUUAAUAAAAGACGAAGCUAUUAAAACCAACAGUGAAAGCAGUGAUAAAAAGGAUCCGAAUCCCUGGAUUGGAGUGGUACCUGUCCAGAUGGAGGAAGGCACAGUUUCCAGUAACAGCAACCAGGAGUCGUUUGCUGCCUCUGUGGUCAAUAAGAUGAAGCGUGCUCUUGUUUUGGGUGCAUCUGCUUUGAUUAUACUGGCUUUAAACCAGAAUACUGUCCGAGAGAUGGAUCUCUCUCAGGUCCUCUCAAAGCCAAUCAUUAUCAUUCAGACAUCAGAAAAUGUUACUAAGCUCAUCGGAGCACUCCUCAGGGGCCUUCAUGCAACAGCAAAAAUCACUUACAAAUCUUUUCUACAGGACAGUCUGGGUGCAACCUUGACCCUGUGGUCCAGCUGUGGCCGUUCAAGAGGAGGGUUGUACGGGGAAUGGCAAGGGGUCAUCUGCACCGGAGAGACCAACUCUCAGGUCCAGAAAUAUCUUCAACAGCUCUGGAACACUGUUGUUCUGGUGGCCCUGGUCCUCUCCACAGGGGUCAUAGUUCAUGCACGCUGGCAGUACCAGGACAACCAGUUUAAUGAUGAGUUGGAGUCAAAUCUAAAGCAAGAUAUUUUAAGGAGAUUAUCAGCACUGAAGACGAGGAUAUACAAGCAACCCAAAGUGAGAUGUGACCCAACACAAACUCAACCGGUGGAGACAGACAGUUGUGCAGUUUGUCUGGAGCAGUACAACAACAACCAGUGUUUGAGGGUGUUACCGUGCCUCCAUGAAUUCCAUAGAGAUUGCGUGGAUCCCUGGCUUCUCCUCCAGCAGACCUGUCCUCUCUGCAAACGUAGCGUGCUUGGUAAUUUUUAUUGAGCUGGACUAGAAAGGAUUCUCAGAAUUUGUGCAAUUGGAUUGACUCUUCUGAUUCAGACUUCUCAUGGCAACUAAACCCCUCCUCUGUACUGUAAGGUCAGAAUACCUCCAUGGUAAUGAUUUUUGACCUCUCCAAAGACUAUAAACCUUGAGUUCCUGA